AUGCUUGAAUCCGUCGAUACUACCAACCCAGGUCAACGACCAAACUCCUUCGCAGGACACGAACACGACCCUUACAGCCUGGAUAUAUCGGUUCUCAUUGUUGGAGUCAAAUCUCUGGUCGUCGAGAGAUAUCCCGAGAGACUGGGCGCACCUAAGGCCCACGCUUUGUCUCCAAGAUCAUUGGAAAUAUGCCGACAGUCUCGCCUGGAUGGUGCUAAGAUUCGUCAGUUGGGCACCCAAAGACGUGACGCCUAUUGGGUGAAUUUUGUCACGAAUCUAAGUGGCCAGCCCAUCGGUGCCCUGCCAUACGAGAGGAUGGACGCCGAAGUAUUCCAACACACUCCAGAAAUGAUUCACAAUAUUCCUCAACCAGCCUUUGAACAAUAUAUGACAGAUGUGUUAGCCAAGGACUCGAACGUCGAAAUUCGACGGGGUAUUUCAUUCGUUUCGCUGCGCCAGGAUUCUCACGCAGUUUCAACGACCGUGGAGGAUCGUACAACAGGCCACCAAUUUCAGAUCAGGUCUAAAUAUGUUAUCGCAUGCGACGGGGCGAGGAGUAAAGUGCGCGCAUGUUUGAAGAUCGAGAGUGAUGGAGAAGACUCCUACGAAACCAUGAUGACCAUCCAUUUCAAUGCCAACUUACGUCCUAUCGUCGGAGACCGAGUCGGAAUGCUGCAUUGGAUUUUCGACCCUGUGGCUUCAGGAUUCAUCAUCGCCUACGAUCUCUCGGGUAAUUUAGUUCUGAUCAGCAACUUUGACGCAACCAAACAGCCAGUAGAAAGCUGGAACGAGGAUGUGUGCCGUCAAACAGUCACAAGUGCCAUCGGCAAAGACAUCUCCUUUGACAUCCUAAGCUACAGGCCUUGGGUGCUCAGUCGAAAAGUCGCGAGAUCGUACAGACAAGGCAACGUUUUUUUGGCCGGCGACGCAGCACACUCUUUCCCACCGACCGGUGGCCUCGGCUUGAACUCGGGAUUAGGCGACGUGCACAACCUCGCGUACAAGAUCGCAUUAGUCCUCAACGGUGAAGCGUCCGAGCGCCUCCUCGACUCGUACGAAGGGGAAAGACGCCACGUCGCCGUUGUGAACUCAAUGCAGAGCGUGAAGAACGGGAGAAAAAUCUUUGGUCUGCUCAAGACACUAGGUAUCGGACAGGACACGGCCCAGGCCAGACGAAACCUGUACGCCUCGCUCAGUGAUCCGGACAAGAAAAGAGAGAUCGAUGAAGGCAUUGAGGAGCAGAGAGAGCAUUUUGAUAAUCUCGAACUUCACAUAGGCUACGUCUACGGCGACAGAUCCAUCCCACCUCACGCAUCAAAGUACGUGCCCAAAUUUACCGUCGGCGCAAGGUUGCCUCACGCAUGGAUACGUCUUCUGCCGCAGUCUCAAAGGACGACCCCGACUCUCGCGCCGGUGGAUGUCUCGUACAUAGACGAGUUCUCCGAGGAAGACAUCCGGCUUCGACAAUACAGUACCCUUGACCUCUGCGACAUGGACAAAUUCACCCUACUGGGCAAUCUGGACGUUCCUGGUGUCAAGACCUUUCGGCCCGGGCGCGACUUUGAAGUCGUCGGACCCGGUGCGGGAGAGUGGCUGGAUUCAUCAAGGUUACCCGAGGGAGGAGGCCUCCUCGUUCGACCUGACCAGCAUAUAUUGAUGGUUUUAGAUGCAGACACGACAGCCCAUGAUGUACAGCUGGUUCUGAAGAAGUACCUUUGCGGUAGGUAA